UAUUUCAUCAAGAUUAAGAGUUAUAUAAAAGUGGAAGAGCCUGGAUGAAUUUAGUUGCCUCCGACGAUUUCCUAUCAAGUACCAGAAACAAAAUGGCGAAACUUUUGCUUAUUUUUGCUUUGUGCCUCAGCUCUACAUUGGCUGUGCCAAAUUUCAAAUUUUCCCGCAGCAGUGUAGCAUUGACACGUCUAGCUUCCCAACUUAAGUCAGUUGAUCAUGGCUUUGAAGUAUGCUUUCAACCAAUGGUUCUCAAUAUUAUUGAUGCCCUUUUGACCAACUACGAUCAAAUGCUGGAUUGCAGCCGAGACAUCACUCAGGAACUGCUAACUCUUGAGGAAGAAAUUGUUCAAAGCACUGAGGUGGCUUCUUUUGAAUUUUACGCUAAGCUUCGUGAUUAUGAGGCUUGUGGAAGUGACGAAGCCUGUAAAACAGCCGCCAUGAAAGAUAUUGUUGAUUUUAUUGCUGCAUUCGUCCAGGAAUUGAGAGAUAUUGUUGAUAAACAUCUGACUAGCUUGGCGGGUAAAUUACCUGAAGGAGUUGAAUGCUUUAAUGAUAUCAACUUAGCAUUGGUUGAUGCUAUCAAAAAGGCUGGUAGUAACUUUAUGGCCUGCAUCAAUGAAACCGACAAUGUGUAAUAUUUUAAAUAUUUUAUCAAAUAAAAACACUAUUAAUCUAUAAGAGAA